AAUAAACUGUACUUCCGCUGCUCAGCUAACGUUCCUGCAACCAUCUCCAUUUUACAGCUGAACUGAAACGGACACUGUGUAAGUUUUAUAGAAGAGCCUACAGAGGCUAAACACGGAGGAAUCCUGGAAGGAGCCGGAGGAGAGAAGAUAUGCACCCAACAUGGCUUUUAUGUCUCUCAAAUAAGAUGUGAUGAGAUGGCCCCAGCUGGGAAAGAACCGAAACGGACUAACCGAGUCGUGCUGGUCAAGAGAAUAAUAAUGAACGAUGACAGCAACCCGAUGCAGCAAGGAAUCGGGAAGCCGAGUGUGUACCAUGCAGUGGUAGUCAUCUUCCUGGAGUUUUUUGCCUGGGGGCUGCUCACCACACCGAUGCUUACCGUUCUACACGAAACGUUCCCCCAGCACACAUUCCUGAUGAACGGCCUCAUCCAAGGAGUGAAGGGCUUGCUGUCUUUCAUGAGCGCUCCAUUAAUCGGCGCGUUAUCGGAUGUCUGGGGCAGGAGAUCGUUUCUGUUAGUGACGGUGUUUUUCACCUGCGCGCCAAUCCCUCUGAUGAGACUCAGCCCCUGGUGGUACUUCGCCAUGAUCUCCGUGUCCGGGGCUUUCUCAGUCACCUUCUCGGUCAUCUUCGCAUAUGUAGCAGACGUCACCGAGGAGCGGGAGAGGAGCACUGCAUACGGACUCGUGUCAGCCACAUUCGCGGCAAGUUUGGUGACGAGCCCUGCGAUCGGUGCGUACCUCUCAGCCAACUACGGGGAUAAUCUGGUGGUCCUGGUGGCCACGCUUAUCGCCCUGGCGGAUAUCUGCUUCAUUCUGCUGGCCGUCCCUGAGUCGCUGCCCGAUAAGAUGAGACUGAACACCUGGGGAGCGCCGAUCUCCUGGGAGCAGGCGGAUCCCUUCGCUUCUCUGAGGAAAGUGGGGAAGGACACGACCGUGCUUCUCAUCUGCAUCACAGUGUUUCUGUCAUACUUACCCGAGGCGGGCCAGUACUCCAGCUUCUUCCUCUAUUUACGACAGAUCAUUAACUUCUCACCCACUACGAUCGCCGUGUUCAUCGGAGUGGUGGGGAUCCUCUCCAUCGUCGCCCAGACGCUUUUUCUCACGCUGCUAAUGAGAACCAUUGGGAACAAGAACACGGUUCUGCUGGGCCUCGGAUUCCAGAUCCUCCAGCUGGCGUGGUACGGCUUUGGAUCUGAACCAUGGAUGAUGUGGGCAGCCGGAGCCGUGGCAGCCAUGUCCAGCAUCACCUUUCCUGCAGUGAGCGCACUCGUAUCUCGCAGCGCCGAUCCAGAUCAACAAGGGCUAGUGCAGGGAAUGAUCACGGGCAUCCGAGGCCUGUGUAACGGCCUGGGUCCGGCGCUCUACGGCUUCAUCUUCUUCCUCUUCGACGUCGAGCUGAGCGGAAUUGCGCCGAUCCAGACUGACUACAACAUCCCUCUUCAGACUCCCAGUGAGCGGGUGGCGAUACCAGGCCCUCCCUUCCUGCUGGGCGCGUGCACGGUGCUGGCAGCCUUCGUCGUGGCGCUUUUCAUCCCAGAACGGCCGACAGCGGGUGUCAAGACGUGCCAGGAGCUCAAGAGGAGCAGCAGCCUGACUGGAGCGCACGCCAACACGCCACUUCCGGGCAGCGACGAGGACUUCGAGCCUCUUCUGGAGGACAGCACUGUGUGACUGUGUGACCGUCAGACUUUCCUCCAGCCCUCGGAAUGAGUGAGCAACGCCCCCGCAAGCCUCCCAGGAGAUUUCUUUUUUUUCUUUUUUUUUUUUUUAUUCUUAGGUUUUGUAUUAUGUUUUAAUAUUAACAAGGUUCGUUGUUUAAAUCUUUGAUUUAAAGCUUGAAUUUUGAACCAAAGUUUUCCAUGGAAUUUUUUUUUACUCUAUUUUGCCACAGCAAAAGGGCUUGGACGUGCUGUAGCUGAAAUGGAGUGAAAAGAUGCAGUCGGGCGAGUGGAAAACUUAGCGCUUUGUGUUUCUAGAUGCAACGUCGAGUCAGGUUUAAUGGGCAAAGUGCAGUAACGUGAAUCGCUUGAGUUUUGACUUUAUAGAUCCUAAGUUUACCGUGUACCAAAACGCUCAGAUGGUUUUUAAGCGAUUAUAGCUCUCUAUAUAGGUGUUUAUACAUAGAUUUAUCGUCUUUUGGAUUCAGAGCCAUGAGAUUAACGCGAUCAGUGACCGACUUGUGAGUGUUUUUGUUACCAAGCCUUAAAGCUACAUAUCCAGUGAAGUAUGACUGUAGGAAUUUAUUUAUUAUUUAUUGACGCAGAGUUUGUGCAGCGUGGGAUGUCAUCAUAGCCACGUCCUUCACUUGACACGUCUUUUACAUGGACAAUGUGAUUUUUAAGUUAACAGCUCAGAAGGAUGGUGCUAAUGGAGUUACUGACCAUGACGCAGUCACUGUGAGGCGCGUGGCCAGUUCAGUUUAUCGCUUUAUUUAAUUUUUUUUUUUUUGGUAAAUAUUUCUAUGCAGGAAUUACGAUCUUUUAACGCGAUUUUUAUUUCGGUUUAUUUAAAUUGGUUCCAAUGCCAUUUUGCUUAAAAUAUGAUUUUUUAAAAAAAAAAUAUUGUUUUUAUACUUUUGCAGGAAAGUAGUGAUGGUGUUUGUGUGUCCAAAAUGUUUAAAGAGACAUAAAAAAAAAAAAAACACAGAGAAAAGCCUGCAUGCUGUUCGUUUGGUUCAAAAAAUUUUUUUUUGGUUCAAAGAAUUUUGAAUUUCUGUGUGACUAUUUGGUACAGCAUGCAGAUUUUUCUUUAUCUUGUUUUUCUCCAGAACCUCUCCAUGAGCCUGUGGAUGUGCACUAGGCAAGCUUGUUCUCAGUCUUUGCACAUCUACAAAACGAAGUAAUUCCAUUCAAGUGCAUCACCAGCUACCUCUUUUAUUUUUUCCUUCCUUCCUUUUUCUUUUUCCCCCUCUGAGGUUCUGAAGGUUCUGAGUUUAACAUUUCCUGCUACAGCCAUACUCCUACUCUCUUUUCCCAGGAUAAAUCUCUAAAAUUGAAAACCUCAUAUUGAUUUUUUUUCGCCUUAGAUAGAACCUAAGGGCACUUGUACACACAUUCCAUUUGUACACAGACAGACAGAGCUUUAAGAGCAUUUGCAAUUAGUAGUGAGCACUAUGGACAAAUUUACAUCACGGUAUGGGUUAAAAUGUGAUCCCGCUUUUAUUUUACAGGCUAUCGAUUGUUUCCAGGUUCCCCUUUUGAAUAGUUAAAGGAGCAAUAAUCAAUAUUUUUCAUUUCUUCGUAGUACAGAUAAUUUGGAAAAUUAUAUAAAAAUGAUGAAAAAAUAAUGGUUUAAGCCAUUGUCUCAGAAGAUGUAGGAAAAAAAACAGUUUGGAAACCUGCUUUCCUCUCUGGAACGUUUCUUUGCGUUUGGAUUGGCCUCUUGUCAAUCAUUUUAUAGACACGCCCCCAAUACCUCGUCACGUGCUCUUUAAUCAUGACAAGGAGAGUUUUGCAUGUUUCUAGAGUUGUAACUUGGCUUUCACGCAGUUGAAAGCUCUAGUUAGCAUGAACUACUAUAAGUUAGGGGGGCGUGGCUUUGAGUACAUGGGUGGAAAUAGGGGCGGGCUCAAAUCUUAUAAAACUCCGCCCAUUUAACCGUUACACAUCUUUUUUUCCCCCACAUAAUCUCACCUAAUGCACUAAUUGAACCCAACUAAACUUCACAUAAUGUCCUUCAAAUCAAAUUUUCUUGUUUAUUAUGCAUGAAAAAAGUACAAACCAAAUAAACGUUAGGAUUUCUGCUUAGCAUGACACUCUGACAUUAAAUGUCUUCGUUAUUAGUGGUUAUGGAAAUAACUAGCAUAAUUUAUUACAUGAAUCAAAAAUAACUUGGGCAUUUUGUGUCGUUUUAUAUGUAACUUAUACAAACUUUUUUGUGCAUGAACACAGCAGGCAGCUCUGAUGGGGCGCUUUUUCUAAGUACGAAUCUUUACUAGUUACAUUGUUUAUAAUAAUACGUUAAUAGAUAAUGCGUUAAUAAUACAUUAAGCAUCAUUAAAGGCAAUGAUUUGUACUGAUUUUACCUGCAGUAGCUUAGGUUUUAUAGUUAAUAAGAGAUUCAGUGCAGCCAUAGAUCGUAGACAUCACUUCAGCUUUUCACAUCAAUACAAAUACAAUUUAACAAUAUUUUUAUAAUUUCUAACACUUGAAUCUGAUUAAUGACUGAACGAAGGCAACAGGAAGUCGCUCGUGUCGCUUGUAGGCUGGUCUUGGAGUGUCCCGGGCACUCACGCUGUCAUUAACGUUACAUAAACGUUACAGUGUUGCCGCUAACGUUAUAUUUCUUCGUCAUGUCUCUAUACACGUUUAAUGAGAGGUCGUAUAUAUCACAGGAUAAGCUGAAACCAGGGUUGGGAGUUUUUCUUCCAUUUUUGCGCGUCAAACAGUAAAUAGGAACUGUGAGCGGGGAACUGAAGAAACGUCGGACCGCACAUGCGACGUGAUCGGUCAAUCAUUCGAGCCAGUCGUUUGGAUUUGUCGCUUUAUGGUACCUGGUCAUAUCUAAGUUGCGUAGAAAAAUCUCAAUUCACAUGUCGCUUUGGCGCGUACCGCUGUCGCUGAAAUCGUGGCUAGAAGUCACGAAUGAAUUUGAGUCGCGUUCUGUUUUCCUCUUUAUUCAGUCUUCAAUCUUUCUUUCUAUGGCAUCACGUUCUAUAUAAUUUAUACAUUCAAGACUAAUAAAAUCCAUACCUUAAAUAGAAUUAACAACUGCUGUAGCAGAUCACCAGUCAUACCGCUCACUACUACUUGCAAUCUCUCUCCUCUUUCUCUCUCUCUCUCUCUCUCUCUCUUUUUCUUUUUAACUUCCUGGCGCUUCAGCUUUCCAUACAGAUGCAGGUGAAUGAAGUGUCCCAUUUUAUGCAUUCCAGUAGAAAGUUUUAAAUUGUCAGAAAUAUCAUCAGCUGCUUAUUGUCCAUCUGCAUGUCACUAUGAGAUGGCACUGUAACGAAAAACCUCCCCCCCCCAUGUGAAUGUCUAUUUCUAGCAUUCCAGCCUCCUCUCCUGUCAAACCAGCUCGCAGUCAUCGUUACAGCCGGCAGCGUUUUGCAAAUCUCUAUUCCUUCGCCUCAUGUAUCAGCCGCCCUUGAUGAACGUGUCCAAGCAUGCGUUUUAGAACCAUGCAAGAUGGCAGAGCAGGGCUGCCUUCCAGUUACGGUUUGAACACACCCUCGUUGACUCGCUCUCACCAUUUUCUAAAAGUACUCAAGCUUUUAAUGCACGUUCCAAAACGUACGUGUGUGUGUGUGUGUGUAUGUAUUUAUAUACAUAUAUACUUGGUAAAGUAUAUUUGACACCUGAGAGAUUGUAAAAACGUGACUGUAGAGUUAGCAAGCAGACGACCAAACAGCAAAAAAGGGCGGGUGACGCUCUAUUAACGAAAGCAAUAAAAUAUUAAUAAGAUAUAUCAAAAACUUCCAAUUUGAGUAUUAUGUGCGCAACUGUCCAUGCUCCAUACAUACACGACAAGUGAUUAGCUAGCUAGCUAACAAGCUGAUUUGGCUCCACGCAUAUUAAUAAGGGAACGUAUUGUAGAAAUAGUCAAGGAAAUCGCUUCAGUUAAAAGUGCUUGCCAAUCGAGAGUAUUUAAGAGCUCCGAGCGGCCGCUGGUGCGACGAUUAUAUGCAACGAUUAUAUUAAAGACGAGACAAGGGUGUGUUGAAAGUGUUAUUGGAAUGUUAGGUAAUACAUGUGAGUUCUGUGAAACCCCGAGUGUUCCCCUGAAAAGACUGCAUCGACGCCUUGACGUCCUACCUAUUAGUAAAUGGCUGUGUCGUGAUGGGCAUGCGUGUACGGUCUGUAGUGCACAGCCUGUACCACUUACUCUGACCAUGUAACAUAAAAAAGAAUAAAUGGACAGUAAUAUUCUAUAUAUAAGUAUUUUAAGGAUGUAAAAUAUUGUACAUGUAUUGAAUAGUGUUAACGGAAUAUAUUGUUGCUAGAACUUGCUAUAUUUUUGGACCUGCAUAUGAACCGUACGAAUUAUAUGAAACGCCAGUCUCUGGAAACAUUCCCAGAUGGCUCAUUUCACCAGCUCUGGCCUAAUCCAGCUUUUCUAGAGACUGCAGAGGCACCAGCGCCGGCUGUCUCGAGUAUUUGUGUAAAGAUCUCUGCACUUUCUCAUCUUUCAGAGAGAGUGCACAAAUGUGCCUAAAGUGUAAAACCAUGUUCAGACCUGAAAAGGAGUGUAAAUACUGUGUACUGCUUCGAGUGCUGACCUAUACAGCAACUUCUCUAUCUAUUACGUUAUGUCUUGGUGGUAUCUGUGGAGUAAUUGUGGAAUAAAACGGAGGUUAUGAAAAGCAAAGAACUGUAUUCGGUGGUUUGUUUUGCACUGGUGUCCAGUAGGGGGUGCCGUGGUGACAG